AUGACGGUAAACAUCACGACAGACACGGAUUUCGUUCCGCACCCGCAAAAAACCGAAGCGAACACUUCGGCGCCGAUUGUGGCCGAAACUAUGCAACAUGCAGAUGUAAAACUGUCGAAAGUACUUUUCACCGGCGAAGGCUCAUCUCAAGUCCUUUUGCUCGGAAAAGGGCGUGGAAGGUGUGUGGCGUUGUGGGAACGCGACGAUGGCAUCGAUCCGUUCAGAAUUCUGUCGAUUAAGAAUUCAGAAGUCGAUCCGAACGAUGCUUGCAAAAUGCCCGAAAAUCGAGUCUGCGUCGGGUAUGCUGACGGAUCACUGGCGGUUUUCAACACAGCCAAAGAGGACUUGACACUGAUGUCACGAAUCCCGUCAGUACACGAUGGAAGUGCGAGUCGAGCGAUUUGUCGCAAUGGAAAUGGUGUUUUGAGCGCCUCAUCGAACGGAACGCUUUCAGAUGUUGAUGUGGAGACUGGCAAGGCCAGAACCGUGUUUUCGGGACAAGCUGGAAUCCGGUCGAUUUGCACCUCAUUCGGCUCGAAUGUUGUGACUGCCGGCGAUUCGAACGGACAAAUCACAAUUUGGGAUUUAAGAGAGAAUAAUGGGGAACCCUCACUGGACCCGAUCAAACUUCUGAUUCCAUCGAAGAAGGCGUUGGACGCGGUCUCUUCUCUUUGUACUCAUCCGGCUCAAUCGAAUUUGAUUUGUUGUGGAACAGAUGAUGGAAUAGUCGGAUUAAUUGAUGCAAGGAAUGUUCGUGGAGCAAGUAUCACGUCGACAUAUUUAGUUGCGAAGAAGGGAAUCACUCAGACAAUGUUUCAUCCAACUUGUGCUGAUAGUCUUCUCGUAUCGGCAAAUGAUGGCAGCUUGAUAAGGAUUGAUGCAUCCGCGGCUCCGAUCGCCAUGGGCUCUCGCUCUCAGAAGGAUGUGAUCUGGUUGGAAGGAGAGUUGGCGAAUUCGCUUCGUCUCGAUCCCAUUCGAAAUGAAUCAAUUUUUCCGAUCUCCUCAUUCGACAUCCACUCGGAUACUGUAGUUGCAGCCAGUUCGAUUGGAAUGGUCUCACUCUAUCAACAACUUCCAUUCUACCCGAAUAACACCGUUUUUGGACGUGUCUAG